GGUUGUUUAUGUCGCUCAGGCAAAAUGGUGGACAGGUGGUACGAGCAAUUGGCGUAGAACAGUGUUAAGUCAUUGCCAAAUAAAGAUCCUCGGAUUCCUUAAGAAUAACACCUAUCUCAUAUAAAUUACAAAUUAUAUAUGACUUGGUGCUUCACAUCUUACAAAUAAGUUUCCAGCUCAGGCGAACAAGUUAUUUUCUUUAAAUGGCGGCACAACAACUCCCCCCUGAAGAACUUGUGAGUUAUUUGGCCGAAGAAGGGAAGGAUUACUGUGUAACUCAUGGCAUCGUAAUGGAAGCGAAGGAUUCUUACCAUGCAGUCCAUCAUGCCCCCUUUACUCUUCUUCCAACACCGUUUCCGAAGCGAUUGUUUGCGCAAGCGAAAGAGGUGCAGAAAGAUUUCAACUUGCUGGUUCACAGAGUAAGUCAAGAUCACGAAUUCCUUAAGGGAGCUCUUCAAAGCACCAUUGAAGUUGAUGCAUUCACAGCCAAAAUAUAUGAAAUAUAUGAAAAGACAAGGAAGGAGGGACUUGUACAGCCAAUCUCAUUGGGGAUAUUUCGAUCCGACUACAUGCUGGAUGGUACCAAUGGAUGGUCAGAAAAUCUUACCAUUAAGCAGGUUGAAAUCAACACAAUUGCUUCUUCAUUUGGUGGACUAAGUGCACAGAUGCCAGGGCUUCAUAAUUUCAUUUUAGAUCUUCAGAAUGGUCUGGAACCAAGUAACAAAGAAAGGCUUCCUGAAAAUACCUCUGCUAUUGGUGUGGCUGAAGGAUUUGUGGAUGCCUGGAAACUCUAUGGGAGUGAAAAGGCAGUCGUGAUGAUGGUUGUUAGUGAAAAUGAGAAAAACAGAUUUGAUCAGAGAUGGAUACAGCACCUUAUGAGAGAAAUCCACCCUUCUGCACGUAUGAUAAGAAAAACCUUCAGCGACAUUGGCCAAACAGGGGAACUAAAGGAUGAUAAAUCGCUGAUUGUGGAUGGAUAUGAAGUCGCUGUUGUUUAUUUCAGGGCUGGAUAUGAUCCAGAUAAUUAUAAAUCAGAAGUGGACUGGAACACUCGUCUGAUGAUGGAAAGAUCCAGAGCUAUCAAGUGUCCAUCAGCUGCAAUUCAUCUUGCUGGUACAAAGAAAGUUCAACAGGUGCUAGCUUCACCUGGGGCAUUGGAAAGAUUCAUAUCAGAUGAGGAUAUGUUAAACAGGAUACGUAGAACCUUCACUGGACUCUUUACACUGGAUGAGGGACCUGAAGGAGAUAAAACCGUUCAAAUGGCUCUAGCUGAUCCCGAGAGAUUUGUUUUGAAGCCACAACUAGAAGGAGGAGGGAAUAACAUAUUUGGAGACGACAUUGUCAAGACCCUUACUUCAACAGUUGAUGUGAAGGAAAGAUCCAAAUUCAUUUUGAUGGAAAAAAUCAAACCACCCAUCGUCAAGAACUACAUAGUUCGUGCAGAACUUCCUAAACCAGUCUUAGCUGACGUACUCAGUGAGAUUGGAUGUUUUGGAAUACUUUUAAAUCGUGGUGAUGAAGUGUUAGUGAACAGAGAGGUUGGACAUCUUAUGCGAACCAAAAGCACCGCACAUCAAGAUGGGGGGUUUCUUCAGGACGGGCCAAUCUGGACAGCCCCUAUUUGGUGUAACUUUCGUACCUUACAAUGAGCCAAUCUUGACAUUUCCUAUUAAAUUUAACUGCCUACCAUCAACGGAUCUUUUGUCAGUUACCUCAUAAUAUGAAAUCUAGGUAGUAUUUUCGGUGAAAUUCUUAGUCAUUGUAGGCGUGCCAAAUGAAUGUAAAUAGCCUCUUUUUGAUGUACCUUUUUACCUCUGACGGACCCCUUAUGGUGACUCACCACGGACUCAUGGUGCUUCAAUAGUGGAGAGCACGUCGUGGAAUAUUUCGAGCCUUUAUUUUCUUGAAUUUUUUUUUCCCAGAUUAGGCUACUUGCUCCUUGUGUACAGCUUUGUUCGUUAAUUCACGUGUAGUCAAUAACGUAAAAAAUAGUUCCGUGAUUUUUAGGCUUCAUUAUUUGUCUUCGCCUGUCAGUCAUCUUUCGUUGUAAUGAUUUGUUAUUCUUAAAUUGCUAUUUAGAAAAUGAUUAGUUUGUCGACUGAUAGACCAGUCAAUCAAUUAUAAAACUGAAAACAGUAAGAUUAUGCGUUCAAUUAAAAGAAAAAAUCUUCUACUACUAACCCAGUGUUAAGCGAUAGUAACAGUUCAAAGUAAGUGAAUAAAGGGGUAAGUUUCUAAAGAAA